AUGAACCUGCGCAGAACCCCAAAGUUGCCGGAGUAUACCACCACACUUCCAACCUCAGAUCAAGUCACUUACUUCUACAAGUCUGCUCCUCUCCAGCUAAAGAUCUCUCAUCAAGAUUUCCUUGUGCUUCUACGCCCAAAAGCCGACGUUGUCGUGACAGGCAGCGGCAACGCUGGCGUGGAUGUGUUCUUCGACACAGCUGCCACGGCGCUAGUGACGAGCGGGUGUUCGUUGGGGAUUCUGGUUAAUCGGGAUGGGGAGCGGUUUGUUGAUGAAGGGUUUGAUGUGCGGAAUUAUACAUGUGCGAUGAUUGGGCAGGUUGUGUUUCAGGUUUGGGAUGCGCGAACUGUGGAGUGGCUGCGUGAGGAGGAGAAUUGUGGUAAGGGGCUGGCUGCUCCCAAGUUGAAAUGGGCUUUGCCUAUUGACAAGCCGCCCCUCCUGGCUGUCAAUGUCACAACGGGUAUCAAGUUCACUUUUGGCGGAUUGACUGUCAAUCUGGAAAAUGCGCCGGUCGUUUUGGAGACGACGAGUGAGGAGGUUCCUGGGCUGUACUGUGUAGGUGAGAUGCUUGGAGAUAUGUUCUCUGACAACUACCAUGGUGGAAGUGGAUUGAGCUCUGGGGCUGUCUUUAGACGUCGUGCUGGUCAAGCAGCAGUAGAGCGAGCUGGGAAGAGCGGAAGACUAGAACAGUUGUGA